CCUCACUACGAUCCCUCCUCUCACAACGUUCUUGCUUGGAUUUUUCCCUCUAGCUCAUCUUUCACCUGUCAAUUACCCCUCCAUCCCGCUAUCCUUCAUCUCUACACCUCUCUUAAUAAAUCCCGGUUCCUCGCUCCAAGUUGAGCUUGAGAGCUUCCCCCUCCUCCAAUCCCCUUCAUCUCUUGUACAUUACUCCUCGCCCUCUCCCUCCCUCGUUCCCCUCCUUCCCCCUCAAUCUCAUCGAUAAAUACCCCUGUGCGGCUUUGAAUUAUUGCUUAGAUUGCUGCGGUUGUUUCUUGUUUUGAUCUUGCUAUUUCUGUACUGCUCCCUCAAUUCCUCUGAUAUCCUGUUUACCUAUACUUGACGACUGUUACGAACUAUUACGAUCAUAAUGGCCGAGACGGUGGCCAUUCCCAUCCAAACCGAGCAGCUUAAGACUGUCACCAGUGAACUGGAUGUGACAGGUAGCGUUCUUGCUGUCCAACCCUCUGAAGACUCCACUGCUUCUACGGAGAAACCGAUGGUUCAAGAAGCAGAGUCCACCCUCGAAAAUGGUGUGAGCGAAAAGGCCGAGCUUGCAAAGGAAAACGGGAUAAAAACCGUGGAAAAGCAUGAAGAGUCUACCCCAUUGCAGAAUGGUACACAUUUCGUGGAGGAACCUGCCCCUGUGGCUCCCGUCGAGCAAGUGAAUGGUGUCAAGCAUGCUGAGCAGAGCUCCCCAGGGGAGGAGACCCAGACCUCCGUGGAAGAAGCCCAGGUUCCCUCGCAAUCGGUAACGGAACCCGCAGACUCCGACGUGAACCCUGAAAAGCCCAUCGCCCCCUCCGCUGACGCUCUCAUUGCCGCGGUCGAGAAGAGUGACGAAAAAUCCGAAGCCACAACCGAGCCGGAGGUCGUUCUAAACACGGAUUCCGCGGCCAAGGUUGAUGAAAAGGUGACUGAGGAGGAGGCUAAAAAGGUUGCAGAUGCACCGGCUGUCGCCUCUAAUGAGCCCGUUACCCAGGAGUCGACUGGGGAAUCCUCGACGGAACCAGCCUCAACCGAAACUCCCGCGGAAGCACCAGUUGCAGAGACCUCGACUGCUGAGGAGGGCUUGAAGGAGCAAAGCGCACCCGAAGUUGCCGAAGAAUUGAAAGAGUCUAUUGAAACAGUUGCAGAGAAUGCUGUGGAACAGCCUGCUAAGGAGGAAUCAAUGACUGCCACCCCACCCGUUGAACCUGUGGCCGAAGAACCUACCAAGGAGACCGUGGUGGAAGAAGCUGCGAAAGAGCUCGCUGUUGAGGUGCCCGCCUCGGAACCUGCAGUUGAAACAAAGGAGGAGUUGCCAGAAGAACCCGCCAAAGAGACUGCUGAAGAGCCGAAGCCCGCAGCGGCUGCGGGUGAGACAUCCGUAGGAGAACCCGCCAAGGAGACACCGGAAGAACAAAAGGAAGAGGGUGUUGAAGAACAGGCAAAGGAGUCUGCGACUGAAGAGCCAAUCCCUGUAACUCCCGCUGCCGUCGAUGAGCCCGCUCCUGAGGCUGUGAAGGAGGAGGCCACAAAAGCUGAUGAAUCCGUCCCUGAACCCGCGACUGAAGAGCCCGAAAAGGAAACCGAGGCAGUGACCAAACCGGAAGCCUUGGUGGAAGAAGUGGUGGAAGAAAAGCCAUCUACUGAGACAUCUGCCGCUUCCGAAGAACCAACCAAUGAAGAGCCAGUAAAGGAAGCUGUGGCAGAGACUGCGACCGAGGAAGUGACUAUUGAACAACCUUCCACGGAAGAGACUCCUAAGGAGGUUUCGGAAACAGAGGCUGCGCCUGAGCCAGCAACUCAGACUGCUGCACCGGAGGAGGAAGUUAAGGAAACCGUUGCCUCCGAGAUUGCUUCAACUGAACCGGAGAAGGAAAUUCCCGCAGAGGAGCCUUCCACUAACAGUGCAACAGUCGCCGCGGAAGUUGCCACGGCAGAGGAGACUCCGGCUGCGGAAGAAUCGGUCAAGGAAGUCCCGGCCACCGAGGACUCCAAGGUCGAGGAGUCAGCUGCAGUUGAGGUUGCGCCGGAAGAGCCUUCCAAGGAAACCACCUCGGAAGCUGCUCCUCAGGAGACUCCGGCGGUGGUAGAGGAGCUGGUCAAGGAAGUUGCAACUGAAAAACCUAUUGCAGAGACCCCUGCCGCUGAAACCGUUGAAUCUAAAGAAGAACACAACGAGGAAGCUGCGGCUGAAGAACCCACAGUUGAAGAAGUGCCUGUUAGUGUUGAAUCUGUGGAAGAGCCGACUAAGGAGGUGCCUGUUGCUACGGAAGAACCUGCAGAGCCUGUAGCUGAAGCUGCCGCCGAAGCCCCAGUUCAGGAAACUACUCCCGAAGCUCUAGCCGCAGAAACUCCCGCAGUGGAGGAAACGACAGCGAUUGCAACCCCCGAAGAGUCUGCUAAGGUCAAGACUCAAGAUGAGCCGGCAACUGAGGUUGAAGCUGCUGAACCCGAAAAGACCGAAGUCCACGCAGAAGAACCUGCCCAGCUGACUGCAAAAGAGGAGGAAGCUGCUUCCAAAGCUCCCGCUAAGGAGACUGCCGUUGAGGCCCCUGUGGAGGCCACUCUAGAGAAGGAACCAGUGGUUGAACAACCUAAGGUUGAGGAAGAGACUACUGAAGCGGUUCAGAAACCUGCAGCUGCGGAUGUUGUUGCAGAAGAGGCUCCCCUCGCUACUGAGACCGCCGAGGAAGUUUCUCAGAUGGAUUCUGUUCCAGAGCAGGCCGUUGCCGAGGAACCUUCUGCUAAUACUGAUGCCCCCGAAGAGCCAGCGGUCAAGGAGACUCCUGUUGAAGAACCUGCUGUUGAGGAACCGGCGAAGGAGGAGGAACACGCCAAGGACUCUGCUCCUGAAGAGUCUGUUCCAGAAAUUGCGGCUGCUGAGGAACCAGCUGUAACGGCGCCUAUUGCUGAAGAACCAGCCGCUGCAGAGCCGGAAGCCGCGGCUUCAGCUGUUGAGAAAGCUGAGGGGCCAGAGGUAGUUGAGGAGCCAGCUGGCGAGGAGCCUGUCGUCGAAGCCGCUGCUGAACCUGUGGCUGAGGCUGCCACCGAGCCUGUCGCUGAGCCUGUCGCCGAACCCGUCGUUGAGGCUGUUGCUGAACCCGUUGCCGAGCCUGCUGCUGAGACAGUCGCCGAGGUUUCUACCACUACUGAGGAACCCGCCCCAGUAGAGGCUAUUGUAGAGAAGCCUAUUGCUGAGCCUAUUGCUGAGCCUGCCGUUGAACCUAUUGCUGGGCCUAUUGCUGAGCCAGCUGUUGAGACUGUUGCUGAGACAGUCGCGGAGCCUGUUUCGGAACCCGUCGUUGAGCCUGUCGUCGAACCAGCUGUUGAGACUGUUGCUGAGCCUAUUGCUGAGCCUAUUGCUGAGCCUAUUGCUGAGCCUAUUGCUGAGCCUAUUGCUGAGCCUAUUGCUGAGCCUAUUGCUGAGCCUGUCACUGAGCCUGUCACCGAGGUUGCUACUACUCAGGAACUCGCCCCAGUAGAGGCUGCUGUAGAGGAGCCUGCUGCUGAGCCUGUCGCUGAGCCUGUCGCUGAGCCUGUCGCUGAGCCUGUCGCUGAGCCUGUCGCUGAGCCUGUCGCUGAGCCUGUCGCUGAGCCUGUCGCUGAGCCUGUCGCUGAGCCUGUCGCUGAGCCUGUCGCUGAGCCUGUCGCUGAGCCUGUCGCUGAGCCUGUCGCUGAGCCUGUCGCCGAACCCGUCGUUGAGGCUGUUGCUGAACCCGUUGCCGAGCCUGCUGCUGAGCCUGCUGCUGAGCCUGCUGCUGAGCCUAUUGCUGAGCCUAUUGCUGAGCCUAUUGCUGAGCCUAUUGCUGAGCCUAUUGCUGAGCCUAUUGCUGAGCCUAUUGCCGAGCCUAUUGCCGAGCCUAUUGCUGAGCCUAUUGCUGAGCCUAUUGCCGAGCCUAUUGCCGAGCCUGCUGCCGAGCCUGCCGUUGAACCUAUUGCUGGGCCUAUUGCUGAGCCAGCUGUUGAGACUGUUGCUGAGACAGUCGCGGAGCCUGUUUCGGAACCCGUCGUUGAGCCUGUCGUCGAACCAGCUGUUGAGACUGUUGCUGAGCCUAUUGCUGAGCCUGUCACUGAGCCUGUCACCGAGGUUGCUACUACUCAGGAACUCGCCCCAGUAGAGGCUGCUGUAGAGGAGCCUGCUGCUGAGCCUAUUGCUGAGCCUGCUGCCGAGACUGCCGUUGAACCUGCUGCUGAGCCUGUCGCUGAGGUUGCUGCUGAGCCCGUUGCUGAGACUGCCGUUGAGCCUGUCGCUGAACCUGCUGCUGAGCCUGUCGCUGAGGUUGCUGCUGAGCCCGUUGCUGAGACUGCCGUUGAGCCUGUCGCUGAACCUGCUGCUGAGCCUGUCGCUGAGGUUGCUGCUGAGACUGUUGCGGAGCCUGUUGUGGAACCCGUCGUUGAGCCUGUCGCCGAACCCGUUGUUGAGCCUGUCGCUGAGGUUGUUACCACUACCGAGGAGCCCGCCCCAGUAGAGUCUACUGUAGAGGAGCCUGUUACUCAGACUAUUACCGAGCCUGUCACACGGUCUGUCAUUGAACCUGAUGUUGAGAUUGUCGCUGAGCCUGUCACCGAAGUUGCUACUACUCAGGAGCCCGCUCCAGUAGAGGCUGCUGUCGCCGAGCCUGUGGCUGAGACUGUCAAGGAAGAAACCGUUCCGGAAUCCGUGGAAAGUGAAAAGCCCGCUACCAAGGAAGAAGAACCAGCUUCUACAAAAGACGAGCCUACCAAAAUCACUGAGGAAGUGAUCAGAGAAUCAGUGAUCGAAGAACCAGCAACUACUCCUGAAGUCGUUCUCGAGGAAACUCCCACGCCAAAGGAGGCAGUCGAGGAGAAGCCAGCACUGGAAGAAUCUGUGGCCGCCGAGGCUCAACCCGAAACCUCAGAGCAGGCCACUGCGGAAGAAGUUACACAGGAGGCUGCUGGCCCAGAGCCUGUUGUUGAAGAAACUCGCGCAGAAGAGAAAGAGCCAGAGACUCAGGCAUCUGAGACUGCUGAGGUAGAGAAGGCAGUUGAGCUAAAUGCUCCUGAGAAUGUUGAAGCUGCCAGUGAGCUAGAACCUACUGACACUCAGGAGAGCGCCGCUUUGCCAGCACCCAAAGAAGCCACCCCUGUCGAAGAAACCCUAGCACCGGAGGAAGAAGAGGCUAAGAACAGCCUCUUGACGUCUGGACUCAUCGCCGGAGGAGCUGCCAUUGCUGCGGGCGCUGUUGCCGUUGGAGCCGCCAUCGCUGCCCAUGAGUGUGAAGCAAAGGAAGGCAAGAGCCAGCCUGUAACUGACAAGAACACCCUCUCUGUUCCCUCUGAACAUCAACCUACGGUCACCGAAGAGCCAUCGGCUACAUUGAAGGAACCGCCCACCCCAGAGCCCGAGGCUGAUCCUGCUCUCGCAGCGCUUGCUGGGGAUCGCGAGGCUCUGCUCAGAAAGCUGGAACUGCCAUCGACAGAGCAACUGUCUGCUUCCGCAGACAAUGCUUCUGAAAACUCCAAGAGCCAAGACACCGAGGGGCCGGCUGCUUCAACUGAGACCGCUUCGUCCACCGAAGGCACUUCCGUCACAGCAGCGACGAACAAAGGCGACGAGGACUCUCGCUCCCCCAGUAAAAACCGGUCAGUCACUGCUGUUUCUCUUAAUCACAAGAACGACAGCUGGUUGAGGAAUAUUCUGCGUGCCGUCUUUGUCACUUUCAUUGGUUCUCUUUUCUCGCCUUUCCGCCGUGGAAAGACAAACUAGGAAAAUGUUUUUGACUAGGACUGGGGAAGAUUUGGUCCCAUAAUAUCAAUAUUAUUUGCUUGCUGUUUAUGUUAUGCGUGUUCUUUUUCUUUCUUUUCUUCAUUUUUUUUUUUGCUUUGCCUUGGCUAAUGUGAUUCAGGACCCUGUUCUUGAUGAUCGUUGUUUCUGCCCCGUUCCUAGCCUUUCUUUGGCAGGUAUAUACCCCAGGACAUGUUUGAUCCAG